AUGGUCAUACAAUACGGACUGCAACUCAUUCAGAUUUUGCAUCUGGACGAGAAUAAACAGGUAUUGAGAACCAACUGCUGGACUAUCUAUCGUUGGGUGGAUCCACUGCUCAAGUGGAAUGCUAGUCAAUUCCAGGAUCUGAAAGUAGUUCGAAUGCUGCCGAAGCAAAUUUGGACUCCGGAUAUAAAACUGUACAAUUUCGCGGACGAACGUUUGCAAGAAUAUCGCGAAGGUGGUCUCUUGGUGCAUAAUGAUGGCACAAUACUCUGGCUUCAGCAGGCCUUGUUCAAGAGCACGUGUCAAGUGGAGACCACUUAUUUUCCAUUCGAUAGUCAAGUUUGCAUGCUUGAGUUCGGUUCAUUGACUUACGACAAAACACUCCUCGAGCUGCAGUGGUGGACCCCGGAUGAUAGUGAGACCCCGAUGCCAUACGUGGAUUUUUCUGACUACGUUCCAGCCAACGAAUGGUUUGCUGAUGGUGAAGCUGAACGUCACUUGAGGCAUGAAGAGCGAACAAAACAGUCCAUGCCAACUGCUGUGAAGAAUUUCCCACUGAUUGGUGUCUUUUUCUGUCUGAACAUGGUUAUGAUCACACUGUCCACGUAUCUGGCCACAAUUGUUGUGAAUUUAUUCUAUCGGGGCCAAGCCGGACGUCCACUGCCAGUUUGGGUCCGUCGCUUGUUCAUUGACGGAUUUGGACGGAUGCUAUGGUUGCGUCAAUAUAUUCCUCUGGCUGAAAUAAAACGCCAAGAUAAUGUGGAAGCAGGUAAAACGGCAGCAAAAUCGGUGGAAGGUGCCCAAAUUUCAGCUCAUAGUUCAACCACACUGAUGAAGAAAAUAGAAACGAAUCCGGAAACCGAAAUACGUCAUAGAAAGUGCUCCUCAAAGUUACUUAUUCCGGGCGAAAUGACCGUUUCCAGGGGGACAGGUGGAACAAUGAUGAUGGAUGCUGAACAGGAUUUAAGCGAAUUCCUGAUCGGGGCAAUUCAACCAAUCUACGCGGAUACGUGUCGAGUAAAUCAAGACAUUUCCUGUUUCAAACAGAGACAAACAGUGACCCGUGAACGAGAUGAAAUUGCAAUGGAAUGGCGCACUCUUGCACUUGUGGUUGAUCGCCUGUUCUUCAUGCUUUAUCUAUUCAUCAUGGCUGUGGCUUUGGGUACGGUCAUAUUAAAUACGGAAGUGAUUGACAUGACUCUGUUGUUGAUCAAUCGUAAUGCGAUCUCAUUGUCAUCAGAAGAGGAGUAG